AUGUCUAAGGCGUCAAACAAGACAGAUGAUGAUAUUGUCAGGUUGUCGCAGGCUAUGGAUGUCUUAGCCAAGUUAAUUAUUUCGAAGCAAAAGGAUGGAUCUCAGUUACAGGUGGAGUAUAAGCACAAGUUAAAAGAAUUGGAAAAGGUCAUUAAUCUACUGUUAAGUCUGAAUGACAGCGCCGGCACCAGCGUGAUGGACGCCAAUGGUCUUGACACAAUGCUGCGGAACGGCAUCGAAGUUCUGGAAAGAGACGAUCGGAGAUACGCUCUGAUACCCAUAAAACCCAAAUAUGAAGGCGAUUCAACGGAUACACCACAGGAUGCAGCCAGCAAGAAGAGUAAUAAGAAGAAAAAGAAUAAGAUAAAGUGUUCUUUCUGUCACCAGCCCGGACACACAAGAGCACGUUGCGAAACGAGAUUGGCACAACCGCCAAAGGAAUAA